AUGAAGUGCGAUUGGAGCAGCGACCAGCACUGUCACUGGGUCACGGCCACAGCAGCAGCAGCAGCAGCAGCAGCAGCAGCAGCAGCAGCAGCAGCAGCAGCAGCAGCAGCAGCAGCAGCAGCAGCAGCAGCAGCAGCAGCAGCAGCAGCAGCAGCAGCAGCAGCAGCAGCAGCACCACCACCAGCAGCAGCAGCAGCAGCAGCAGCAGCACCAGCAGCAGCAGCAGCAGCAGCAUCUUCCCUUCCCCCCUCUCCCCAUCUCCCACUUUCCCCUUCUCAGCUCGCCCAUCCCCCCUAUUCACACCCCCCUCACCUGCACAGCAGUCUGCUGUGGCUCGUUGAACGUGAUCCACGUCUUCACGCUGUUGCCGAAACAACAGGAUAA